GGAGCCGCCGCUGCCAUGGAGCGGGGGGGCGGCGGCGGCGCGCGGGGCUGAUCGCGCCCCUUCCCCAUGAGACUGUGGCUGUGCUGGCUGGGCUGCUACACCCUGCUCCUGUGGGUGCUCAGGAGGACGAUGUGGGCUGGCCCGGCCCGGUACCUGCGAAGCCCUUUAUCCAGGUCCCUCUACGUGAAUAUGAUGGGCAGCCACCGCCAGCCAGCCCCGGACGCCAGGGAGAACCACCAGUGGUAUGUGUGCAACACUGAACAGUUGUCUGAAUCCCUUCAGCCUAUUUUUGUCCAGAGUUACCUUGACCAAGGAACACAGAUCUUCUUAAACAACAGCAUUGAGAAGUCAGGCUGGCUGUUUAUCCAGCUCUACCACUCUUUUGUGUCCUCUAUUUUUAGCCUUUUUAUGUCUAGAACAUCUAUCAAUGGGCUGCUGGGAAGAGGCUCAAUGUUUGUGUUUUCCCCAGAACAAUUUCAAAGACUGCUUAAAAUAAAUCCUGAAUGGAAAUCCCACAGACUUCUUGAUUUAGGGGCUGGAGAUGGAGAAGUCACUAAAGUUAUGAGUCCUCACUUUGAAGAAAUCUAUGCCACUGAAUUGUCUGAAACGAUGAUAUGGCAGCUUCAGAAGAAGAAAUACAGGGUGCUUGGUGUAAAUGAAUGGCAGAACACAGGAUUUCAGUAUGAUGUUAUCAGCUGUUUGAAUUUGCUGGAUCGCUGUGAUCAACCACUGACUGUAUUAAAGGACAUUAGGAGUGUACUGGAGCCAACCAGAGGCAGAGUCAUCCUAGCACUGGUUCUGCCUUUUCACCCCUAUGUGGAAAAUGUAGGUGGCAAGUGGGAAAAGCCCUCAGAAGUUUUGGAAAUCAAAGGGCACACUUGGGAAGAGCAGGUGAACAGCCUGCCAGAAGUUUUCAGUAAAGCUGGUUUUGCCAUCGAGGCUUUCACCAGACUGCCCUACCUCUGUGAAGGUGACAUGUACAAUGACUACUACGUGCUGGAUGAUGCUGUCUUUGUCCUCAAGCCAGUGUAAGCCUGGGUGAAGUAAAGCUCCACAAUCUAACCCAAGAAGCAGCCUCUGAAAGAGGAUUUUGAUUUAUGGUUACUUAAAGGGAGGGAAUUUUGAGAUUGUCAUGCUAAAUAAAUACCAUGUAAGAAAUUUAAAGGCCAAAAUAAUAAUGUAUUUCUUUGUAGUGUGAUUGGGGGGGGGGGGG